AAAACAUCUUCUCUUGUCCUCUGUUGUCUGCAUUGGUAGCAAACACAAACUCCUCUUCUGACUUCUCUUCUCUUGUCCUCUGUAAAAAAAAGUCUGUACCUUUGCGCUACCAAACUCAAAACGAACUAUCAUCUCUCUCUCUCUCUCUCUCCUUUCAUUGUCCAUUAUUUUUGGGAGAGAGAGAAAGGAAGCAGAGAGACGAAGAGUUUGUAUUAUAACUUUGAAGGACUUUUGGAAAGCAAAGGAAUUAAGUGAGACUUUGAGAGAUGUGGGUGUUUGGUUAUGGUUCUCUUAUAUGGAAAGCUGGCUUUAACUACGACCAGCGCCUCGUUGGUUUCAUCAAAGACUACCGCCGUGUCUUUUAUCAAGGUAGUACUGACCACAGAGGGACACUCGAUUAUCCAGGAAGAACUGUGACAUUGGAGCCUGCUGAAGGGGAAGUUUGUUGGGGAGCUGCCUACAAGGUCUCUAAGAAGGAAGAUCAAGAAGUUGCACUAACGUAUCUUGAAGUGAGGGAGAAACAGUAUGACCAGAAGGCUUAUCUUGAUUUCUUCACUGAACCUACUGCUACGAGUCCAGCUGUUUCUGGAAUAAUGGUGUACAUUGCAUCUCCAGACAAGAAGCUUAACAGGAAUUACUUGGGACCUGCUUCUCUUGAAGAUAUUGCCAAACAAAUCGUUCAUGCUGAAGGCCCGUCGGGACCCAACAGAGAAUACCUUUUUCAACUUGAAAAGGCUCUUCUGCAAAUUGGAUGUAAAGACGAACAUGUAAUGGAUCUUGCAAAUGAAGUGAGGGGUAUCCUUUCCCAGGGGGAACUAACUGCUUCAUGAUGUCAUGAUAAUUGGCAAAAAGGUUUUAUGAAUUGGAGCAAUCUUCAGGAUUAUCUGCUGAAGAUACUAAACAUUUUUUUUUUUUUGAUGAGUUGAGAAUCACUUCUUACAUUUAGUUUAAAGGCAACUGUAUUGUGAAACCAUCAUUCUCAUUGUAAACCCUUGUUAAUAUUGGGUUUCUAUGCCAAUUUCAAGAGUUAUGCCAAGUGUUAACCUCUUGAGACUCCACUGUAGCAUGAGCAUGAACUUCCACCAAAACCAAGGUUCCUCAUGUAAUGGUCAUGCAUACCCUGGCGCUUCUACAUUCCCUUGUAGCCAAUUGUUGUAAGAUUCGAUCUUAUACUUGACUGUAAUGUUUCACAGAAUAUGUUUGUAUUGAAGUCCAAUCUUUGCUGAA